GACAAAGUCAAAGUUUACAUUGAAAAGGGAGCUUUUUACAUGCCAAUCGAUAUUCAUAUCUGUGGUCAUGUUUGUACUAAUAUGGACGAAAAUGUGGCUAAAGUCAGGGAUAGCGUGGCUCAUAGUUCUGCUGAAGGUUCAAGACCUACUGAGAGAGACAAGUUUCUAGCACUCAAAAAUGAUAAGAAAAAGAAAUCCAAGGAACGUUUCUUCCUAAAAAGAACAAUCAAAGACGAUGUCAUCAAGGAUGUCAUCCGAGAGUCACAGGUAAGAACUAAGGCGUCGUCGCAUGAUACAACAACCCUGUCCAUCCAAGAGAAGAUGAAAGUAAAUUCCCACUCAGUAUCCGGAUCCACUUCAGAGACUUCGGAAGAGUCAAGCACAGAAACCUCGAAUAAUCUUGCAAACAGUGUGGCCUCACCACCUGAGGACAGGUCAGCUCAACUUACGGAAGAUCCACAGUCUUCUCAAGUCCCUAACUCAUGUCAUGGCGAAUAUGCAGGAAUACCUGCUUUGAAAAAAGUGAGACAAAGCUGUACUAUUAGCUAAAGCCAAUCUGUGGAUGACCUAAUCUGGAACAACAGCCUAUAAAUUAAAAUGCAAUUUAAAAAAUACUUUAAAACUACAAAUCUCAUUUUAAUUGUAAUAGUAAAUUCAUAGCA